AUGGACGCCUCGCCGAGGGCGUCCAAGCUGCAGCCUGCCGGCUCGGCCCGGGCCACCGUCGACGAGGUGACCGUGCCGCAGGCGCUGGAGAGGCUCCGGCUCGACGUGGAGGAGGUCUUCCACAGGCACAGGGAGCUCUGCGGAGGCCCGGCGGGCGGCGGCAGCUCGCAGGCGCUGGCGCCGAGGUGCACCGUGCAGGCGCCGGCCGAGGACGUCCGGGUGCCGGCGGGGCGGCCGAGCAUGUUCGGUGCAGCGCUGGGCCCGGAGGGCAUUCACCUGCCCGGGGGCGUGGCGCAGCCCCAGCUCCCGGGCCUGAGGCCUUCCGUGCAGCACCACCGGAGCGUUCGCGCCAGCCGCGCCAGCGUGAGGCGCGACGUCUCGUCCAGGCUGCGGAGCAACACUUUUGACGUCAAAGAGACCGAGGGCAACUGGAUGCACGACCUGCUGCAGAGGAGUAACAGCCUGCCGGGCGUGUCGUCGAUGAGCCGGCGCGCCGUGAAGGCGGUGUCGCAUGUUACCAGAAAGGUCUCGCGGUACGCGCCGACGACCUGUAUCCACGCGUUCGUGAGGCGCCCUGUCUACGAGCUCGCCCAAGUCAUGGCGUUUUUCUUGGACGCUGUGCUCGUCGUGUGGGAGAUGCAGCACGCGGCGCAGGCAGCCGCCUCUGUGAGCCACGGCGCGGGAGGCAUCGAAGACGCCCUGCUCUUCACAGUGCUCAUGGACAUAUCGUGCUUCUGCGUCGUUGUCGACCAGUUACUGAGGUUCGCUGGCGGAAAAUUCGACGAGACACUUGGUGCUGGCUGGCAGUCGUUCCACGUGCUGGUCGCGGUCACGCAGCUGGUUCAAGCCAUCGGCCAGCACUCGCACGCACACCAAAGGUCCAGGUCUCACUUCAGGAUCGCGCUCGCCAUGCUCUCCACCUUGCGCCUCGGCCGGGUGUUGUCGCUAGUGUUGGUGUCAAAGGUCAUCCGCCAGCACCGUUUCUUCAGGGAGUUGCGCAUCAUGGUCCUCGCCCUCGCCGGGGUGUGCAAGGUGUUGUUGUGGUCGUGCUUGCUGAUCUUCACGAUCACUCUCAUGUUCGGCAUUGCACUGUCCGAGGGAACACUUGCUUUCCUGAUUCGGGGCGAGUCCGAUGGCCUGCCACCAUCGCUGCAGAUGCGGUUCGGCUCGCUCUUCGACGCCGUCCUCACGCUCUUCCAGUCAAUGUCUGGAGGCGUCGACUGGGAAGUGGUCUGGAUAGACCUUGGCGCACUCGGUUGGGUGUACAGGGGAGUGUUCUUGCUGUUCAUAUGCUUUUCUCUGACCGUGUUGCUCAAUGUUGUGACGGCCGUGUUCAUCGAGAGUACGAUGGCACGCUCUAUGAACGACCGUGGACUGGUGGUGCAGAACGAAGUGAUGGAGAAAAGAGAUUUCCUACACGCUAUGAGGAAAAUGUUUCGAGAGCUGGACACUGACUUCGACGGCUCUAUCACCAUGGAGGAGAUGCAGAAAAAGAUGAUGGACCCGGAGAUCGGUGCUUACUUUACCCAGCUCGGCGUGGACCCAGACCAGGUGGGCAAGCUUUUCUUCCUCUUGGACCGCGAUAAGUCGGGGGCACUCGACCAAGAGGAGUUCAUGUUCGGUUGCCUGAAAUUCCAGGGCGACGCCAAGAGCCUGGACAUCGCUGUCAUAAACCAACAGGUCAUGUGGAUCCACGAUACACUGAAGAUCGUGGUUUCCCACCUCGGGAUCGAUGCGGACGACAC